UAAGAGCUCUGUGCCAAAUCCUCCCCACAAGGCGGUCCAAUGGAAUGCACUUCCACUCAUGCACAUAACAUCUGUUGACAACAUACCUGACCUCCUGAGGAAAGUGGUACUUCUUUUUUUUAUUAUAUCCCUUCUGCGACAAGCGGUCAACAUGAAGCAUAAAUCUCUUCCAUCAAGGUUGUUUGACAGAUAUUCAGCGUCAGGUGAGACUCUGAAUGUACGAGCAGUAAAAUAUCAUCGGCAUGUCGAUCACCAAGAGAGUGCGUCUCACUCCGGCCAGUCACUGGACGACAACAGCAGACAAGACGAGAAGAGCCACAGAGAAGUUCAUUUUGCAUUUCACCCAGAGAGGUAUGAGCCGCUGGUGGAUGAUGAGGCGCAAGUCAGGACAGAAGAGAAGAAGAAGAGGAAGAAAGAAAAGUACAAAAAAGUCAGGAAGAAUGUUGGCAAGGCCCUGCGCUCCACCUGGAAGUGUCUAAUGCUUGGUCUGUAUAAUUUUGCCCUCGGAUACUCCACUCCAAUCACGGUGGCUGCUGCUUUUGUCCCCGACUUUCACCCAGGCAGAAACACGACCUGAGCCGAGCCACGUGCACCUCCUCCAGUUUCUUUGCAAGCUCUAUUGUACAUACCAGUAAACAUACGGGCACAAAGUCGAAUACUUUUAAUAUGUUUGUAAUAUUUGUUUUAUUUUUCAUAUUCGUUUCCACAAAUUGUAAUAAAAUACGUUUCUUGUGCUGUAGGAAACUAAGUGAUAAAGUUGUGCUUAUGUGAAAUACGGUAGGUCUAUUUCACAGUAGACAUUUUUAACUCGUCAAAGCAGGAAAAACACAGGUGUUACUUAUAACAUUAAUGAUCUUCUAAUCAACCGUCAUUUAUUUCAUUAUUUACACCUGUACAGUUGUAACAUGUUGUUGAUGUUACCAAUCCUGAUGUCUUGUUGUUGGUCAUAAUAUACAGUAUUGGCUGCUUUUUACCCAGAUUUGCAGAAUUGUACAUAGUUAAGAUAACAUUCAGUCUGUAAAGUUAUAAUUUCUUCACUUGGAGAAUGUUUUUCUAGUCAAGCAUCUAGCUGGUGUUAGUAUGUGUUCAGAGGGGUAAUGUUGAACGUGGCACCUGCAGUAGGACAGGAACAUUUACUGUAACUGACGAUAAAGUGAUCAGAGCAGAAACCCCUUACAGGCAGGAAAGUGAUCAUCAGUAAAGUAUCGGAAAAGACAAGUUUAAGAUGAUUCUCAGAUUGGAACGUCUUUUGACGGGAGUUCAAAACAAAUUCAGUGUUUCUGUUUGUGUGUGGGUUCAGUUUUAAAGGUUUUGCAAGUCACGAUAUUUGUAAGUUGGUGUGUGAUAAAAUGCUAAAAAACUGCGACAAAACUCAA